CGCCGAACUGUUUUCGCUCGUGUGCAACACUCGAUAAUUUUACUAUGGACACGCGUACAACGAUAAUUUCCCUGCAUCGCGAAAGAAAAUUGUUGUGAUUUUUAUGUCGUUUUUGAGUGAUUAUGUUAUAUUUAUUUCGGAUUAGCAGGCGAAGAUUUUUCUAAAUUGGUAUAGUUCAUUAAAAUUUCGGUGAUAUGUCAGGACGAUGUAUAGGACGCUACCGGUGUAAUGUUUCGUGGGCUGUUCGGGACUGAGGAAGGGAAAAAAUUGUUUGAUGGAUGUGGAGAGGUCGGAGUGCUGGCAGCCGGGCAGGAUGGUGGCGGAGGAAGGCAAGACGCGCGCGACCGACUUCUCUAUCGCGGCGAUCAUGGCCCGCAGCGCCGCCGAGCCGAGGAGCCCCGUCGCGAGGUCGCCGCCACACACUGGAUCAGUAUCCCGACAAAGCUCGCCGGCGACGCUCAGUUCUCCUGCGUCUAGUUGCCGCUCGCCAAUCCCUGAUGAAGACGUGGAGGUAGAUGUGGAACAGUGCUCAGACGGCGAGCGAGACGACCACAUCGCCCCCUCACCUGCUCCUUCCUCUGAGUUGGGAGAACGAGAUACACCGUCUCCAGCGAGACCGCUCCCUCCAGCUACGUCAUGCAAUUGUGAAGAAUUGCUAACAGUUGAUUGUCAGCUCGAGACCAAGGAACUAUGGGACAAGUUCCACGAUCUUGGCACGGAGAUGAUCAUCACCAAAACUGGGAGACGAAUGUUUCCGACGGUGCGCGUGUCGUUCGCGGGGUGCCGAGCGGAGGCGCGGUACGCGGUGCUGCUGGACGUGGUGCCGGUGGACGGCAAGCGGUACCGCUACGCGUACCACCGCUCCUCGUGGCUGGUGGCGGGCAAGGCGGACCCACCCGCGCCCGCGCGCCUCUACCCGCACCCCGACUCGCCCUUCUCCGGCGACCAGCUGCGCAAGCAGGUCGUCUCCUUCGAGAAGGUCAAGCUCACCAACAACGAGAUGGAUAAGAAUGGACAGAUCGUCCUCAACUCCAUGCACCGAUACCAGCCGCGGAUCCAUCUGGUGAAGAUCAGGGAAGGCGCAGGUCCCAUCACGGACCUGUCGAGAGAGCAGCACAGAACCUUCGUGUUUCCUGAGACCGUGUUCACCGCAGUCACCGCUUACCAGAACCAACUCAUCACAAAGUUGAAGAUAGACUCCAAUCCCUUUGCGAAAGGGUUCAGAGACUCUUCGAGGCUAACGGAUUUCGAUAGAGAUCCAAUGGAGCUAAUGCUGAUGGAGCAACAGCUGUUGCGGUCACCGCUGAGGCUGUACGCUGGCGGGACCGGCUCCACUGGCAGCGACGAAGACGCGGAGAAACGAGCUGCCUGGGCGCGGACGCCGCCCGCGCUGCAGCUGCUGGCCCUGGGAGGCCGCGCCUGGCCCUCCGCGUGGCCGCAGCCGCUCUCCAUACCUCCAGACUUGUGGCUCCAAAAGCCCCCGGCCCCCCUCCGGUACUGCCCGUACCCGCCCCCGGCUCACCCCAGCGCGCAGUCUUCGCGACCGGACCAUGCGCCCUCUCCUCGACACCCCCUGUGAACUACCAUUCCAUUGACUAUAAGAAAUUAAAAUGUGCUGUGACAUAAACGGGCCACGUUCGUUAACUGGCGAAGUUAAUGUUGUUCCAUGACUUACUGCCAUUAACUUGGAAGAGUGAAACGCCCAUAAAGACUUACUUAAAUAUUUAAAGUGAAUUUUUAAAAUAGUACCUAAUAACAUAAUAGAGAAAUGUAUGUAUUAAUUAAUGUUAAGUUAGAAUUUAGAGUAUAAUUUGAAGGUUCCUACCCGAAGUGAAAUGAUUUGGAAUAUAAUGUAGAUUCAAAUUUGUAAUAGUUACCUGCAGUCUUGACGGAUGAAAUCAUAAAAUUAUUAUUAUUACUGUACUUUGUGUGUAGAGGUUACUGGCUAUUACAUUCAUAUUAAUCGGCGAUCAUUUCAAUUACCUGAAACUUGUACACCAAAGAAUUAACUUGUGACUUGUUAACUGUUUAAUGACGAUAUAAUAACAUUCCUAAAUAGCUUUAAACUUUGUACCUAAAUGAAUUAUUGAGGAAAUCGAUUUAAUGCUUUCAGGUGCAUUAUAAAUACCUUUGAUAUGAAUAUAAAUAUGCGACAUCUUUUCUAAAUUCCGUUUUUAUGACAUCACGCUGUUGCCUACUGGCAAAUCUCAUUUUGAAACGCAGUACUUAUAUAAAAAGUGGUUAUAAUUUUUAAAGAAUGAUCGAAUUUUAUUUUUGUACUUAAAUAAUUCAUAAGCAAGAAUAAUGGAAAUAAAAUAAGACAUUUUAAACAAUACGCAAGAAUAGAAUCUUCCGUGUAUAAAAAAUAUAUUUUGUAUUGUAUCAAUCAUGGUAAGCGAUCACACGAUAAAAAAUAUGUUUCUCAUUUAGUGUCCGUUGUGCUAAUUUCAUGACAUUAGUUCUAUGAAAAUUUUAAGACUUAAAUUUUUUAUAUUUUCUUUUAGCUUUUUUAAACCAAUAUUCCUCUCAAGAGCAGAUCAGUGAUAACACAUAACUAUAGUUAUAGUACGUAUUUUGUGUGUAUAUUGUAAUGUUAAACUAUUUAUAUACUUAUUCCACUUGGUAAGACAAUUUAAAAUGUAUGUAUUGUAUAGUGGUUGACUAAAUUAUUUUUGUAGGCUAAGCACUGUAAAUAGCAGGUCACUUAGAAGUUUGUAUUAAUAGGGAAUUAUUGAAGAAAUAUGUCGUAGUAGAAAAGCAUUAUAGGGUGCUGCUCAUUCUUUAAAAGUAUAUUAGUUUAUUAUCAUCCAAGUCUUUCCGAGGAAAUACCACAUACCACCAUCGAGGAAAUAUUAUAAUAAACGAAUUAUAAUUCGUUUAUUACAACAUGUGUUUCUAAGAACCGUGCUAGAAAUGUAUAUUUCUUACUAUUUUUUUUACUACGGUUCACUAAAAUGGCAAUACUUCAAUUGAAAUUCUAAUC